UCAUUGUACGACAACGGCGAAGGCAGCAGGGCAACAGCCAGAGUAGCAAUAGCCGCAGUAGCAGCAGUGUAUAAAAUUUUCUUCUGCGUUCAUACAAGCCAACCAAAGCCAAAGCAAAGCAAACCAAGCCAAAGUAUUUUGUAUUUCAUACUGCGUUACUGCUUCGUUCUAUGUGACUCUACUGAACGACUCAGCUAACAAGCAAGCCAGCCAUACAGCGCCAUAUAGCGAUAAUAGCGUCGAAGUAGCAACGUACGCCAGUCAGCCAACCAACCGACCAACCACUGUGGCCAGCAUAUACUCUGUGCUCAAGUGUAUUUCAUACUACUGCUGUAUUACUGCCGCUGCUGCUGCUUCUUCUACUUCUGCUUCUGCUUCGAUUUCAUAUAGCCUGUACAAGACAGUGCAAAAGUCUCCUAAGCCACCGUGGGCACACAGUACAUUUUGUAGUUUUGAUCUCAACGCUGGGUGAACACACGCAGUGCUUCAAUUGAAAAUUAUACAAUAUUAGCUGAGCUAAUAAAGCGGUUUGGAAAAAUUACAUAUUCAAAUUUAAUAUCAAUUUAAAUCAAUCCCAAAAAAUAUCAAAUAUGGCCGGUGAACGUCCAAAGCGUCCUCUGUCUGCUUACAUGCUGUGGCUCAAUGAGAAUCGUGAGCAGAUCAAGAAAGACAAUCCCGGCAGUAAAGUCACAGACAUCGCCAAGCGUGGUGGCGAGUUAUGGCGUGCAAUGAAGGACAAAUCUGAAUGGGAACAAAAGGCCAUUAAAAUGAAGGAAGAGUACAACAAGGCCGUCAAAGAAUACGAGGCCAAUGGUGGUACAGACACUGGCGCUGCCAAGAAGCGGAAAGGCAAGCCCGCCGCGAAGCCUAUUAAGAAGACAAAGAAGAAAGAUACAUCCGACGAGGAAGAAGAAGAGGAGAGUGACUAAGCAAUGGACCGUUAAGUGAUUAGCGCGCGAGGUGGGGUGACGAAAACUUAACCAAUAAGUUUUAAAUAUUUUAUUAAAGUAAUUUUAAGUGGCAUAUACAAAAUGUAUGUAUAUUUACGGAUGACACUGAUGCGAAACUUUAUAUAUACAUACAUGCAAAUGUAUGCACUCUACAAAACAAAACAAAACAAAUCAAUACAAACAAAAAACAAUUAUUACUUAAAAUAAAAUAGCCGUAAAAAGUAAAUAAAUAAUAUAAAAUUUCCAGAUUUAAAACGUUACAAAUACUACCACAUAAGAGGAAAACAAAUAGAAAAACAUUUUUUUUUUUUCAAAAUGUGUUCCUUUCAAACAGAAUUAAUUUUCUUAUGUUCGUUUAUAAAUUUUCCUAAGUAUGAUUUCCUAUACUUUUAGAAUGGUAUUUUUUAUCUUAUAUUGUAAAAUAUAAAUUAAUUAUGUAUUGGAUAUUCAUGCGAUUUUUCUUGCAUGUGUAUAGUGAAAGUUGACAUGUUUAUAUUUGAAAAAUAUAAAUUUCCCUCUACCCUGCUAAGUACUAUUUUCUCCCUUUUUCCUUUCUUUAAACUUUUAUAAUCUAGUUAUAUUUAAAACAAAAAUCCUACUUUAUUUUUCUUCUCACCGCAUUUUAUUGUAAGUUCGUUUUUAGUUAUGUUUUGUAAAUUUACUUGAUGUAAUGCGAAACUGAUAGAACCAGUAAUAAAAUAAAAACAAACAAAAAAAUAAAAAAAAAUUAAUAAAAAUAUAAUUGAAAAUAUUUAACCAAUUGUGUAUUUACAUAAAAGAACGGAAAGAAAAAAUUCAGGCAACAUAUACAUUAAAAAAUUUAGUGUAUUUGUACAUGUGAAAGGGAAAAUGCUGCAAAAAAUGCAAACAAAAAACAAACUAUACAUACAAAUUGCAACAAAAAAUGAACAUUUAAGGUGUAGGCAAGUUUUUAGUAAAAGCAAACACAUUUUCAUAUUUGUCUUUUUGCAAAUUUUGUUGCAAAUUAUCCAUAUAAAACAUUUAAUACACUGAAAACAAACAUAAUAAAAACAGCAUUGUAAGAACAUUUUAAAUAAAAAGUUCAUAAUUAAAAAAUAUUAAUGUUUAAGCAACGAUGCAAGAAAUAAAAUAAAGAAUGAACAUAAAAACCAAAAGCAGAGCAAAAAUAGUAGUUCAUGAACUUACAAUAUUUAAUGUAAAUGUAGAUUUGAGCCAGAAAUAAAAGAAAACUAAAAUAAAUAUUUAAAAUAUAUUAAUUCUCAAAUAUU